AUGGCAUCUGACUCCUCACCUGAACACAAAGAUACAUCCGCCCAGCCAGCUCACACGAUUGCAAUCUCCUCACCUGACGAAGAUACAUCCGCCCAGCCAGCUCACACGACUGAAAUCUCCUCACCUGACGAAGAUAUAUCCGCCCAGCCAGCUGACACGAUUGAAACCUCCUCACCUAACGGAGAUAUAUCCGCCCAGCCAGCUCACACGAUUGCAAUCUCCUCACCUGCCAGAGAUAUAUCCGCCCAGCCAGCUGACACGAUUGAAACCUCCUCACCUAACGGAGAUACAUCCGCCCAGCCAGCUCACACGAUUGCAAUCUCCUCACCUGCCAGAGAUAUAUCCGUACAGCUAGCUGAUUCGACUGCAAUCUGCUCAGCUUAUGUGAUUGUCUUUCCAUACGCUUGGGGUUAUGUGGACAAUGUCUACAGGAUUCUAGAUGUUUGGCAAGUUCGGUAUCGCAAGGACGGAUUUCGAGUUAUCGUGGUGGGCCUCAGCGAGAAGGGCCUCAGCAACCUUGAGGAUUGCAACGAUGCUUGGACCCUUUUGCAAGUUAUUCUCGCAGGUAUUUACCCAAGAGUCACGGAUGCCUUCAUCCUAGAUUCAAGCGGUGUUCAGAUUCGACACCUCAGGCGCCAAGUGUUAUAA